UGUAAAUUUAAUGGGGAAGUAGUGAAGAAUCUAUCGAGAACUGAUAUCGACUUUGAAUUUGGACAGUACAGUUUGUAGUUGACUGCGUUCCCCAAAAUGGUACCCACAUGCUACCGCUCCUCUUCCUCCUCGGCGCAAGUCGACGACGCCACUCUUUUCUUCUUCUUCUUCCUCUCUCCUCCUCCCAUUACCACCAUGGACACGAACCCGCCGAGCUCGACCUCGACCUCGGCCUCGACCUCGACCUCGAGCGCUCCACCUUCCAAUGGAACGCCAAUCUCCGCUCCCACCUCACUCGUGGCGCGCCCACCGCCGCGCUCGCCCUCUACUUCCGCAUGCGCUCCCUCGGCGCCCUCCCCGACCACUACACCCUCCCCCUCGCCCUCCGAGCCUGCUCCGGCGCCCGCGCCUCCCGCGCCUGCUUCCUCGUCCACGCCCACGCCGCCUCCACGGGCCUCCACCGCCACCUCCACGUCGCCAACGAGCUCGUCGUCAUGUACGCUCACCUGGGUCUCAUGGAAACCGCCCGUAAGGUGUUCGACGAUAUGCCGCACCGAAGCGUGUUCUCUUGGAACGCCCUCCUCUCCGGGUACUCCUCAAGUCGCGAUCUGGACCGCGCGCGCGAGGUCUUCGCGCGGAUGGAGGAGGUGGGCCCCACGCCCGACGCCGUGACGUGGACGGCACUCCUGUCGGCGCACGCCAAGUGUCGGCGCCACGGCGACGUCGUCAACCUGUUUGACGAAAUGAGGGCCAAGGGAUGCAGAGGCACUCCGGAGUCCCUCGCCGUUGCGCUCUCCGUUUGCCCUUACGUCGACGGCGCGUUGUUGGACAAAGGUAGAGAAAUCCACGGCUACGCGGUCCGAAACGGCUUCGAAGCAUACUCCUUUGUGAACAACUCGCUUAUAUGCAUGUAUGGUAAGCUCGGGAGCAGAGAGGAUGCCGAGCGGUUGUUUCUGGGUACGAGCUCUAGAGAUUUAGUAACUUGGAAUUCGUUGAUAUCGAGCUAUGCGGCGGCUGGUUUAUGCGAUGAAGCUUAUGACAUCUUUCUACAGAUGGAUCGAACAGGAACAGGGGAGCUGGCGCCCAAUGUGGUGAGUUGGAGCGCAGUGAUUGGCGGGUUCGCAUUGAGCGGUAUGAUCGAGCGGUCGCUGGAGCUUUUCAGGAAUAUGCAGCAAUGUCGGGUCGUGCCCAAUUCGGUUACUCUUGCUACCGUUCUAUCUGCAUGCGCAGAGUUGUCGGCACUGAGGUUGGGCCGAGAGGUUCACGGACACGCCGUUAGAGGAUCAAUGGUUCAUAAUUUGUUGAUAGCAAAUGGACUUCUCAAUGUGUAUUCGAAGAGUGGGAACCUUCGUAGUGCGCGGUUGGUGUUCGAUGGAAUGAGGAAGAGGGAUUUGAUAUCUUGGAACACCAUGGUUGCCGGGUACGGAAUGCAUGGGCUUUGCGACGAAGCUUUCGACACUUUCUACGGUAUGGUUAGGGCCGGUGUUGAGCCAGAUAAUAUAACUUUCGUGGCGGUUCUCUCUGCGUGUAGCCAUGCUGGGCGAGUAUCGGAUGGUCGUGAGGUGUUUGAUCAAAUGCUUAACAAAUAUAAAGUCUCGCCAGGAAUUGAACAUUACACAUGCAUGGUGGACCUUCUCGGGCGUGCCGGUCUGCUGAAAGAAGCAAUUGGGCUCAUAAAGAAGAUGGCAAUGAAGCCGAGUGUUUCCGUCUGGGGAGCGCUUCUCAACUCUUGUAGAAUAUACGGGAAUGCCGCGGUUGCCGAAGAUACCAUGAAGAGGUUGGGGAUCGAAGAAGAAGACAGUACGGGGAAUUAUAUCAUGCUUUCGAAUAUAUAUGCGGCGUGCGGGAUGUGGGAGGAGGCGAAGAGGGUGCGAGUGAAGACGAAGGAGAGGGGUUUGAAGAAGAGCCCGGGACAGAGCUGGAUUGAGCUGAAGAACAAGGUGUGUGUUUUCUCGGCGGGAGAUGCGUCGCCACCCGACGGAGAAGAUGUGUACGGAGCUCUUGAAGAUCUCUAUCGCCAAAUGGAGCACGAGAAUGAUAUUAUCGAGGGAUUGGAAGAAGAGUUUAAUCUUAACUACAUGGAUGAAACUCAGAGAAAUUUUUAACUAGAAGAGCUGAGCACAUUAUUUUCCAUUUUUUGAACAAAUGAAAGAAAACGUAGAGAGUUCUACUGUUCUACAUCAAGGCGAAUUAAAAGGAAUAUUUGCAUUUUAAGGAGCAGCAAUGCUACUCUUUUGCUGCAAAUUUGACUUAAAAAACUAUUACAAGGCAUUUGCCGUUUUA